CGUUUCGAGAAUGAACCGCAUGCUAUUGAGUGUUUUGGCGCUGGUCGCCCUCUUUGCCUCCGGCCAGGCCCGUCCUGACUUCGAGUUCCCCUUCGGAAGGAUCGUCAACGGUGAGGCCACCACCAUCGAGAGCCACCCCUACCAGGUCUCCAUCCAGACCACCAAGGGCUCUCACUUCUGCGGUGGCAGCCUGGUCGAUUCCGAGACCGUCGUGACCGCCGCCCACUGCAUGCAGUCGUACGCCGCCAGCGAGCUCCAGGUCCGCCUUGGCUCCACCUCCAGGAGCGACGGCGGUGAGGUCGUCAGCGUGAGGGCCUUCAAGUUCCAUGAGGGCUACAACAGCAAGUUGAUGGUCAACGACGUGGCCAUCAUCAAGCUUAGCUCCCCCGUUCGCCAGACCACCAAGAUUCGCGCCAUCGAGCUCGCCGACACCACUCCCGCCUCCGGAACCGAGGCCAUUGUCACCGGCUGGGGCACCACCUGCUUCCUGUUCUGCUCCUCCCCCGAUACCCUCAUGGGUGUGGCCGUGAACCUACUGCAGGUGUCUGACUGCGCCAGCGACUCCUACAGCUACGGUGAAUCCAUCCUGGAUACUAUGGUCUGCGCCUACGGCGAGAAGAAGGACGCCUGCCAGGGUGACUCUGGUGGCCCAUUGGUGGCCAACGGCAAGCUGGUCGGAGUCGUCUCCUGGGGCAAUGGCUGCGCCUGGUCUGGCUACCCCGGAGUCUAUGCCGAUGUGGCCUCUCUCAAGAGCUGGAUCGACAAGACCUCCGCCGAGUUGUAAAUCGAACUAAAUCACUUUAAAUAAAGUUUAAAGAAUAAUUGCAUAAAAUA